CCAGCAGGCGUGCCCUUGCGGCGGCUGGAGCUUAGAUCAUGGCCGCUGCUCUGGGCUACAGAGGCGUGCUUCGGCUAUCCCUGUCGGCGCUGAAGCCUGGGAUCCACAUCUCCCCGGCCGGGCCCGCGGCCGCGUUCGGCACCUCCGUAACCUCUGGCAAAGUGACAGUGAAUGGGGUUCACCUGCAUUACCAGCGGACGGGCCAGGGAGAACAUGCAGUCCUGCUGCUUCCUGGGAUGUUGGGAAGUGGAGAGACUGAUUUUGAACCCCAGCUCAAGAACCUAAAUAAGCAGCUCUUUACUGUGGUCGCCUGGGAUCCUCGAGGAUAUGGGCAUUCCAGACCCCCAGAUCGAGAUUUCCCAGUAGACUUUUUUGAAAGGGAUGCGAAAGAUGCUGUUGAUUUGAUGAAGACACUGAAGUUUAAGAAGGUCUCUUUGCUGGGGUGGAGCGAUGGUGGCAUCACCGCACUCAUUGCUGCUGCAAAGUAUCCAGCUUACAUCCACAAGAUGGUGGUCUGGGGCGCCAACGCCUAUGUCACUGAGGAGGAUAGCGUGAUUUAUGACGGGAUCCGAGAUGUUUCUAAAUGGAGUGAAAGAACAAGAAAGCCUCUAGAAACCCUGUAUGGAUAUGACUACUUUGCCAAAACCUGUGAGAAGUGGGUGGAUGGCAUAGGACAGUUUAAACAUCAACCAGAUGGUAACAUCUGCCGGCACUUGCUACCCCUGGUGCAGUGCCCCACCUUGAUUGUGCAUGGCGAGAAGGAUCCUCUGGUCCCACGAUUUCAUGCUGACUUCAUACAUGAACACGUGAAAGGGUCACAGUUGCAUCUGAUGCCAGAAGGCAAACACAACCUGCAUUUGCGUUUUGCAAAUGAAUUCAACAAGUUAGUAGAAGACUUCCUACAAUGAAAAUGUCCAGAGAACAUCGGCUCUUUAGUUUGGGACUAGAUCAUGUUGCUGCCUUAUUAGGAAGCUUUUGAAACUCCUCCACUGGGUCACACAGUCACCUUCUUCCUAGGAUUCCUACCCUCCCCCUAUAAUCUGAUUCUAAAAUCAUAUAAAAAUAACGACAUACUGAAAACAGCCUUUAUCUUCAACAGCUACAAAAAUUAAAUCUGAUUUUUUAACAUUAA